CCAUUCCUACCAGCUUCCGACGAUUUUAGGAUUGUUGAGCCAUUUCCUGCUAACAUCUAUCCAGUUGAGUUCACUUCUGCCCAGGUUACCUGUGUAGCCUUUGAUUCAGCUGGAAUAAAAACUCCUGAAAGGAUACAGUUCAUGAGGAAGGACUGGUAUGCUCGUUAUACAAAGAUAACUGCUAAUGACAACAUAUAUUUCACAAACCGAACCGAGGAAGUGGACAAGGGUAAGCCGAAGUCUUAUAAAAAUAAAACCUAAAAGUGUUUCUUUAUAGUAUUGGAGCUAAAGAUCCUAUUUUAUAUUUGAUAUUACGCUGCUAUUACACGAUGAGAAAGUGCGCUUUACAUUAGUGAUCUGAAUUAGCCUUCGUUCCAACGUCGCCGUCUUCCGCGAACCAAAGAGCGGCACGUUGUCUGAGCAAUCAUCAGGUUUUACCCAGCAUUCCUUGCUCAUGAGGGCAACACAUAUUAUUGGCUAUUUCCGCGUUCCAUAAACUCUCACGUCCAAAACGAGGCUAAGAAAAAACUUUGUGAAAAAAAAUAGAAUGAGUUUUAUUUGCAUGAGAAUGAAAAAUCAUUUUCAUUUCAAUGGCUUUGCACUUCGUCUCGCUUAACAGAGGCUUUGAGCAACUCAGAAAUGGCGUAUUACUAUUACACUGUUACAAAUCUGUCAAGUUUCUUGUAUACCUUAUUCUGAAAAAAGACAAUGACAAACAUGCAAGGAAGCUAUCUAUUCUCGGUUUUCACAUGACGUCACCAAAAUUCAAACUAAGAAACUAUCGAUUCUUCUGAGUUUCUGAGUUUCAUGAGGUAUUACAGCACCUAAACACCUUUAUUUAAACAGAGUUUUGGUUCGAAAGGGUUCUUCGUUUUGCGAUAGAGGACGUUUGAAUUUCUAGGCUUUUACGUGACGCGGCAUUUAGCUGGCGGCCACAACGGCUCUUAUGUGGGUUAAAAACAUUACCAAUUUUGGGAGAUUUUGCUGUCUAAACAUUCUUUGUCUCAGAAUAAAUAUCACUUUAAUAGUUUAUGAGUUUUUCAAGCGAUGAAUUAACGCAUUAGUAGGAAAAAUCAAAAACAGAUGUUUCUGUUGGUUUCCGGCGGCCAUAUUUGUGCCCCGCAAAGGGACACAAACAUGGCGUCGCCAUACAAAGCUUUGUAAAUUUGGGUAAAACGUUUUUCCUAAUAUCUCGCAUAUGAAAUAUCGCACAGACCUGAUUCUUGGCGAGGCCUUUUGCUUAUUUAUCUUCUUUUAUUUCCUAGAUUCGGGACUUUCUGUAUUGAAUGGUUUGCAAUUUUAUUUUUGAUUGCGUGACAGUGAAAACCGAGAAUUGGACGGUGUGAAAUUAAUUAUGUAACCUGCUAACUUUCCUAACAUUUCUACAGUGUCUUCUACAGAUGGAAAGAAGUUAAAGAAGCUCUUUGUCACGAUGCACAUACGGAAUGUAACGCUAGAACACGAUAGUACGUAUGGUCAAUUGGGAAGGUUCGAAUGUCACGCUUUUGCGGUUGGAUCAGCCUUGGAGCGCAGGCAUGGUUUCAGUGUGAACGUCAUAAGAAGUAAGUUUAACUGGCUUAAAUCUGUAAAAAUUCGAGUAACGCAAAACCUCGCGAAACAAAAGAAAUAAGGGGAAAAAAGCCAAGAAAAAUCAAAUAUGAAAAAACAAAACUGCUCAGCUGUGAAUCAGUGUCGAACACUGCACCAAUUCAGCAGACACACAAAAUGAAAGGAAAAAUAUUAUGAAAGGUUAUUGAAAGAAUUUUUCCGUAGACAUGCUGCCGGUAAACACCGUUUUAAAGCUAGUCGAGCCGUCUUAGAUAUAAAUUCAUAGAUAUAUUUGAGGAAAAUAAGCAGGUUUUUCACCUUUAGGGCAUUCCUCAUUGUAUUUUACUCAUUUACUUACUUAUGUUUCAUUUUAGGAAGCGAAAUUCCUUUUGUAUCUGUGACUAAAGUCAACAUGCUGCAACACGGUGACAGUAUCACCAUCUUUUGCAAUAUCACUAAGCCCUCGAGGAGGUCUGGGCUGAAAAGGAUUUCAUGGUUAAAAAAUGGUGUUGUACAGCAAAGUUUGAGAAACCCGAACCCAGACAACCCUGCAGACACACUGGCACCACUAGUUAUAAAAAAUGCCGCGGUCAGAGAUGGAGGAAAUUACAGUUGUGAGCUUGAGCUUCGGCUUCGCAAUAUUAAAGCAUACAAUGUAUCAGACAGUACUAUGAUCACAAGUGAGUAUACAAUGAGUCCUAGGAAGUUUUCACUAUAACACUAUUUUGCCAUAGUUGAAAUGGUACGAUUGCAGAUGAAAUUCUUGUUUUCUUUGUUGAGACAGAGUGCGUUAUAUAUUUCACGCAUGAACUAACCUGCAAAAGAUCUGAUCAAUCUGAGAUGUGAUUGGCUGUACGUCUGGAAUACCAACAAGGCUUAUAAAGUACAACAACAUUAAAAAUAAAACCACGGAUUAGAAUUUGAAAUGUAGCCAAUAAAUCUUUAAAUUGGUCCUAAACAUUAUCAAGUACAAUUAUUAUUUGCUUUGUAAACAGUACUCUAAAGAAAGAUGGGAUCAGGUGGCAACGUUAAGAAAUGUUUUCCCGAUGGUUGACAAAACGGUUUUAAUUUUCAUUUGUAAGUUCUAAGUGUUCAUGGUCUUACAUGAUAUUCUUACCUUCAUUUCAGUUGCUCCAUGGUUUGAUAAACCACAAGAGGAUACUGACUUGAACAAAUUCAAGGAAGAAAGUGUUUCUUUUCAGUGUCCUGCCAAAGGUUUCCCAUUAAACGUUGAAUGGAAGUUUCAGAAGAGUGGUGAAGACAAUAUACGCUCUUGCAUAAGUAAGUGUUGGGCCAGCUGUACAUCUCACCGCUUAAACGUCUUUUGGACUCUCCACCGGCUUACAAGAUAGUUUUGUUUGUCAUUAUCUGGGCAAGUAUACAAGAGCAAGGAUACGAUGUGAUGAUUUGUAAUGUCAGCUAGUAUCGACGCUGGCGUAAUGAAAAUUUGUACUGUAUUCCCCCUGGCGUACUUGAUGAAGGCGUUAGCUUUGUCCAGGAAGGGUUUAUUCGUUUAAAUAAGUUUUUAGACAGUCUUGAAAGCAAAUGUAAACCUCGUUUAAAAAUUCUCGGCAGGUGGCUCAGAUGUAAAAUAUCGCAUACAUCGCGAUGGGAUUUACGCGCCAUAUGUAUUGACAGUGAACGACUUGCAGUAUUCUGACAGUGGAUCUUAUUAUUGCUGCCUCCCGUCUAACUGCUCCAAUGAUGUCAAAAACAACUGCCACCGAUUUGUACUUGGAGUAAGAGGUAAAAAGUAG